GGUGUGAGGUUGGGAAUCUUGAACGGGUCACGCCAGUGCAGCCCGUCGUAUUCGCGUCGGUGUACUUUGUAUUGUUCAAAAAACGAAAGAAAAUCACUGCUUUAGUGAUCUGGACACGUUCCAACGGCGCUUUGAGGGGAGAAACAUGAACGAGGGCUCGUCUUGUGCUGCUAAUUCCCAAACGUCUCACGAUGGUGUCGCCCGAGCCAGGUGGAGCCUCCUCAGACAGGUUUUGCGCGGGAAGCAGUCGGACAACCCGGAGGUCAAACGGGCAUCCGUCCGCAGGUUCGCCACCUUUGAGCUCUUCAGCCGGACGAGGCCGGCGUCGCACGAUUCCUCAGAUGAGCAAUGGGCGGAAUACAGAAGCGUUUUCUUUCCCGAGUACGGCGUCUUUCUCAGGGACAACCCGGGCCCGCUGCGAGUUAGCCAAGUGCUCAACAGCUUCGACAACACCGGCAAUGUCUGUGUGUGGCCAUCCGAGGAGGCCAUGGCUCAUUACUGCCUGCGCAACCGCCACAUGUUCACGGGCGCCGUUUGCGAGUUAGGAGGAGGCAUGACCUGUCUGGCUGGACUCAUGGUGGCCGCGUGUGCUGACGCCAAGGAAGUGCUGCUGUCGGACGGCAACGAGCAGUGCGUCGACAACGUGCGAGGGAUCGUCGAGAGAAACCAGCGAGCGGGCAAGUUUGGCUCGACGCGCGUCUCGACCAGGGUGCUGAGGUGGGAGCGGGAGCCGCAUGUGGCCGCGUUCCAAGGCCAUUUCGACGUCGUCAUCUGCGCCGACUGUUUGUUUCUGGAGCAAUACCGAAGCAGCCUGGCGGGUGCCAUAAGGAGCUUACUGCGCCCCAACGGCGUGGCCUUGGUGCUGGCCCCGCAGCGAGGCGACACCCUCGCCAGCUUCUGCGGGCUGGCCGGGCGGGCGGGCCUCCUGGUGGAUCAGCGCCGGCGGUACGACGCGCAGGUGUGGGACGUCCAUCUCAAGAUGCUGCAAGAAGGCAAAGAGGCCUACGACGAGAACCUCCACUACCCUCUGCUCAUCACCUUGAGUAAAGGAGCUCAGGCUUAGCGAAAGACGGCCGCCCCCCCCCGCCGAGCCUCGGCUUCCGCUCUAUCGCCAGGCAAGUGAAAAUCCGUCUCUUCCUUUCGGACGCGGAAAAGAUUCCACCCGGC